AUGGAUUCUAAUGACCAGGAAACUUCUCUUAAUAUUCAGGAACUGUCUUCAAAUAUAUCUGAGGAAGAAUUCGAUGAUAAUAUAACGUUAACUCUGAUAAAUCGACGAACAGACAAUGUGGCCGUGAUGAGAAUGGCUCCAAUCAAUACCGAUCUCAAUGUCCCACCACCUCAGGUUUUGGAUAGUGCUUACUAUGAAGCGUUCAGGAAGCGUUCAAGGAAAUUCUUUAAGACUAGUCUUGACAUGGGCUAUUCAUUCGCUAACGAUGUGCCAUCUGUAAAUAUUGUCGGCUCUGGCUCUGCUAUUAAGAAACUUCUUAUGGAGCCGUACGCGGCAGGACCUCUCAGCCUCAUUUGCCACAGAGUGGGCAAGACAGUCUAUUUGGACAACCAUAGUUUCACCAGAAAGCAAAAAUGUGAGCUGCUACCUCAAUUGUACUGGAAGGACGAAGAACCAUCACCGAACUUCACCCCUCAGCUGUCUCUUUAUGAAAACUUAAUAUGGAACUCUCCCAUCACAUCCACCUGCACCGAACCAGGAGCUGGAGCUGAGCUGGUGCUGAGGGAAACUGGUCUCGCAGCUUCUAGUUCGACACUAGAUUUCCCGAAAAUGUUCAAUAGUUACUCCUAUAGAAUCACAUCCGAGAACAAUCCGGGAGGAUUGGCUCAUCUGUGGGAGUUCCAUGAUUUCCGAAUGCUUGUUGAUGUAGAUUUGCCUAUUUUCGGAGGUGGGAGAUUCCCAAGCGUAUCGAUUCAUCUGAGCGAAGAGACGAAACCGAUCUCUGUUCUUACUGGCAUGGACAUUAUGCUGGACCAGCUUAUGUGUAACUUGUCUGAGACUAUUCUAGUUUAUCAUCAACAGGGACUAGUUAAGGAGUACGAAGUCCUCGUGAAGGAAGAAAUACCUCAUAUUGUUGGGUCGGAGUUUGAUCCUUCGAAUCUCAAAAAUAUUACUGAAAAUAUCAUGUCCUUUCUAUCAAAGAAUAUGACAGAGCAGGGUCAUACGUACUGGUUGUUUAGAGAGAAGGGAUCCAGUCAGAUGAAGUUAUACGACCUGACAAGUAUUUGUCCCGAUCUUGCCGGAAAUCCAAAUUGGAAUCCUUUUCUCGUGCCGGUGAUCACACUACUUUACAAGCUGGCACUGGAUUUGAUGGAAAAAUCCGCAAAAGGACGUUCUGAGAAACUCUCGAAUGUUAUUUAUGGAUUGCUGAAUGCGGCUGCUAAAUUAGCUGAAAAUGAAGAUCUAGCUGAGAUGAGAGCUUGUAUUCAUCACUCCCUGGCUGGUGUGUACCUCAUGUAUGGAUCAGGGGAGGGAAGCCUAGAGCCAGAGUUCUCAAACCUAAUCGAUAGUCUUGAUGAGGUUUUGACAGACGGCUACGCUCGGCUCACUUCUGCUAUACAGGUAGCAAGUCUAACUAGGAGCUCAAGUUGCUGCUCUUAUGAAACUGAUCAGACGACAAGGUCUAACUCAUCGUCCAAACGUCCUCCCAAUGCGAAAGUCGAAUCGGAAUGCUCCAUUCAGGCGUUAGAGCACUGCUUACAAGCUUUAAAUGCAUUAGAAGGUGUCGAAGUCGAUGUAAGGCAAGCCUGUCCUUUUAAGCCGGAUAGUCCCGAUGAAGUUGCAGCGUUAAGGAGUUUUCCUAUUUGCGACAACACGGCGACACGUCGUGUGUUCCGACAUGCUGUUCUGAUUAGAGCAGCUUCCGCAUAUUUGCCGUUGGUUUAUCAGAGUAUGUGUCUUGAUCGUCAUCUGAAAACGUACAACUUUUCGCGCUGCGGCACCACCCUCUGCGGAGCUGUUCUAUCUACAAAGCCGGCUGCACGUCAUGCUUCAAUAUGUCAUGGGUUACUGCAAGUGUUGUUGUCCGCUCUCGGUCAAGGCGCUUCGGAGCUUGUAGAUGAUGUUGUUGACACAACAGUGCUUAAUAAUGCAAUUUCAUACCGGGACCGUCGUUUCCUGGAAUUGGCCACCUUCGACGUAACAAUGAAAGGAGUGUUGAAUUUUUCAUCGCUCUGGUUUGAAGGUGAGGCAGGUGAAAAAACUCGAAACGAGUGGAUCGACCAAGUCGAGGCGAUCUGCUUUAGGUGUUUUCACUUCUUGAAGGAAUAUCCUACUGCCCAAUCUCAAAUUACAUUCGCGCCUGUUGCUUCAGGGCUAAGUCCUUUCAUCAGAAACGUAUCACGUGUAGCAAUGACGUUGAUGACAACUGGUGGAAAAUGCACACAAAUUGCGCAAAAUGAAUUCCUUGAUGGACUAGGCGAUCGUGCAAGUGGUGACAGGAUUAUGGAAUUUGUGACUGUUGCUAAGAGAUUUUUCAAGGAUGGUCUCGACGUUCUAAGCCAUUACAACAACAAACAAUUACGUGAUUGUGAAGUAGUCCUGUAUGCUAAUAGCGCAGCAACGUUGAGAUUGGAAUAUUCUACAAUCGUUACUAUAUAUAAAGAGUCACCCACUACUAACUCAGUGGUCGUUAAGAUUGAUGAAGUAUGCGCCGCAUACAGGAAGAUAUUCGAAGUAAUCCGAAUGGAUUUCGAGACUCAAAAUGGCUGUUCUAUAUAUGCGAAUAGUCUCGUAGAUUUUGGAAUUGUGUUGUCUAUGUUUGCAGAUCAUCUCAAAGAUGAAGCAGAUGCAAAGUGGAAGGAGAAGCGUAUUCAUUACAUGGAGGCUUCUAUCAGAGCCCUGGGCGAUGCCUGCAAGAGGUCUUGCCCUCGAAGCACAAGAAGCAAGGCGAGAGAGAAAAUGACUGAAAUAUAUUAUAUUUUGUUAAGGAUUAAGACCGAUGCUAUUGCGUCGAAAGCGAAUUUUGUCUCUACAAAAGUUUGUCGCGGUAUGUAUAAGGAGCUAGCUGAUUUCAUCCAAGUGGUUAAUGAUCAUCUAAUACAACUCUGCUAUGAAGAUAUAUGGAAAGAAUCCAAGAAUAUUCCACUGUGCAUGGCUGACUUCACAAUUGCCCUAGUUCCUGCUGCCACUUUGGGCGAUACUCAGAAAAUUGAUCUCUGUAUUCAACUGCUUCAAUGGUUGAUGGGACUCGCUUCAAACAUCACUGAAAUUGAUCCUGAUCCAGAAAAAGCUUUGGAACGCUACGGAAAAGUAUGGGAUCGCGCUCAACGUUUGCUGAGAACAAUGAACCAAGAAUGGCGCAACAAUCCAACGAUGAAACAAGCGUAUGUAUUUGUUCUGUCCAAACUACCGAAUGAUACCGAAUGUGCUCGUACUUUCGUUAUCGAAUCCAUAGCAAAAGCAAUUACUGCUCUAGGCGGAAAACAGCUGCACCCUCUCGGGCCAGCAUAG